GUGGGGGAAGGGGUGGUAAUUGCUAAGCUCCACCCCCUGAGCCUUAGCAACAGUGACGGAAAGGACUGUGAUUGGGUGACAAGUUUCACCAGAACCCUAUGGAGCAGGGAGGGGGCGCACUCACUAUGUAAGCCUAGCUGAGAGCCGUGUGCAGUUACGCUGUGAAGAUGGCUUCGAUUUUCAACACAACGCUUUCUGGAAUUGUGCUGGAAGAACCUGACAAUGGGGGAAAGAUGGCUUUUCUUGAUAUGUCUUUAGAUGACAUUAUAACGCUUAAUAAGGUAGAAGAUGUAAACAGUGAAUCAAGCAAGAAAGGGGAAGAGAGCGAUGAGAAAACGAGCCCAACUUCAAGACAGCCAUCAAAUGCUCUUAGAUGUCACCAGCAGAAAGGACUCUCACAAUUCACAAACAACGUUGAGGAAGGAAAUCAAGACGAAAAACCUUGCCAAGAAUCUUCUGAGUUCAAGUCUGAACAAAGCGCUUCAAACGAGCAGCCUGUAGAUAAUCAGGAGAAGUGCAAUGACAAUUCCAACUCCCAAACAGAGAGGAGUGGGAGCCUGUCGGAAGAGAAUGAGCAACAAUUGGAAGCAUCUCCAGGCCAAUUGUCAGAAAACCAAGAUCAUUCAGAAAGAUCUCAAGGCCAGUCGGAGAGUUCUUGUGAUCAGUCAGAGAGUUCUGGCCAGUCGGAGAGAUCUCGUAGCCAGUCAGAGAGUUCUAAUGAGCAAUCUGAGACAUCUUGUGACCAGUCAGAGAGAUCUUGGGCCCAAACAGAAAGAUCUCGUGGCCAAUUAGAGAAAGCUCGUGAUCAGCCAGAGACAUCUCAUGCCCGAUUAGAGAGAGCUCAUGACCGGCCAGAGAGAUCUCAUGCCCGAUUAGAGAGAGCUCAUGACAAGCCAGAAAGAUCUCACGCCCAAAUAAAAAGAUCUCAUGGCUACCCAGAAAGAUCUCAUAGCCGAUCAAAGAGAUCUCGUGGCCACACUGAGAGAUAUCAUGGUCACUCAGAGAGGUCUCGUGAUCAUUCAAAGAGAUCUCAUAUCCCAUCAGGGAGAUCUCAUUUCCCAUCAGGGAGAUCUCAUGUCCCGUCAGGGAGAUCUCCUGUCCCAUCCAGGAGAUAUCCUGUCUCAUCAGGGAGAUAUGUCCCAUCAAGGAGAUACCCUGUCCCAUCAGGGAGAUCUCCUGUCCCGUCAGGGAGAUAUCAUUUCCCAUCAGGAAGAUCUCCUUUCCCGUCAGGGAGAUCUCAUUCCCGUCAAGGAGAUCUCCUUUCCCGUCAGGGAGAUCUCAUUUCCCAUCAAGGAGAUCUCCUGUCCCGUCAGGGAGAUCCCAUUUCCCAUCAAGGAGAUCUCCUUUCCUGUCAGGGAGAUCUUAUUUCCCAUCAGGAAGAUCUCCUGUCUCAUCAGGGAGAUAUUUCCCAUCAGGGAGAUCUCCUGUUUGGUCAGGGAGAUCUGUCUCAUCAGGGAGAUCUCAUUUCCUGUCAGGGAGAUCUCCUGUCCCGUCAGGGAGAUCUUAUUUCUCGUCAGGGAGAUCUCCUGUCUCGUCAGGGAGAUUUCAUUUCCCAUCAGGGAGAUCUCCUGUCCCAUCAGAGAGAUCUUAUUUCUCCUCAGAGAGAUCUCAUCUUAUCAGGGAGAUACCAUGGCCAAUCAGGGAGAUAUCGAAGAUACUCACCAGUAGAAAGAUUCAAAACAUCAUCCAGAUUUGAGUCUGAAUUUGACAGGUUUUUAACAAUGAAAAGAAGGCGUGAACACUUCCAGAAACAGGUGUAUCGAAGACAUGAUCAAAUGAACAGGAAUCGAAGGAUAUCACCAGAAAAUGGCCGCAGAUCCCGCGAAAGCGAUCGAAGACGUGAAAGAUACACGAGAUGUGGUGCUAAAGCUUUACUCCUAAGAAAUAAAAAUACUUCAACCAAUAGUUCUCUGCAGGAGCCCAAAGAAAUAAGCCUGAAAUUCAACUUUCAAGCAACUGGUCAUCAGACUAAGCUUUCACUAAAUGAAAGAUUCUCUAAGCUGACAACGAAGAAAACGCCAGAAUCAGUUGUCAAUUCUGAAGACCAAAAAGCCCUUUCCUCUUAAAGGUUCGCUGUUAACAAGGAUAUUGUAGUGAGUUUAUGCUAGACGAUAGACAUAUGCUUUCAGUAUUUACCUUUUUGCUUCUCUUGUUAAUGUAUCUUUUCUUAAGUACGCUUUGAUGCAAAUAACCUGUCAACAAUGUUUACAUAAGAGAAAAAAAUGUUUACUUUGUGUGCAUAAAAGAACGGAGAAAUGAGUAACAAGUAGGAAAGAUGAUUUAGAAUGAGACAUGUUAGGAAGACAGCUAGGUUUUCAGAAUGACUUGUCUUCAAUGGUAGAGAAUAUAUUUCUUUUCUUUUCUUUUUUAUUUUUUGUUGCUUUGAUUUUAAGUUGUUCUUUGAGCUCAAGAACCCACCUGGGAAUCCUAAAUAGAUUGUAUUUCAACAGUAGAGCAAGAUUAUUGAUGAGCAUCUUUGAUGAUAAAAUAUUCUCUGCCUCAAAAGUUAGUAAGAUUGAACUGUACUCUUCAUGAAAAAGAUAAAUUGGUAUCCAAGCCUUUUCACUUUUUCUGGGAAAUUAUGCUUUUGCUUUUGAUAUGAACUUAUAAGAAUUUCAAAUUGUUCUACUGUAAUUUUCUGUGAAUGUAU